GGUGGUAUUGGUAAGGGGGGGGGGGCACCAGAACAUUUAACUGCGACUGCACCAUAAAAACAUUAGGAGGGUAGGCAUUCUCAUAGACAGAGGAUCAUAGGGAGCCCAGCGCAGGGUUAAAGCUGGUGCUGAAAACAAGCAAACUAUAGUUCUCUGCAGCUACAGUACAGUAUGUAUAGCACAGAAAAGAUAUGAUGUACCCAGACGUUCCAUUACAAUGCGCCAUACAACGGAGAUCGGUCAGGGUACCCCCUGCAACAAAUGUAAGGAAAGUACAAAGUUCCGAAUGCUGCUGGACCGCUGAGGAGCCCAGUGCCACUCCCAGUACUCUCACGCACAUUUACCUUCCAAGGAGGGAUUUCCAGGCUGUGCUGCUGGAGUAAAUCCCAUGUUUUUGUUGUGAACUGGUUUCCCACCCUGGACAUCCUGCUGGAGAGGCUGGCACAAGGCAUCUGGCUACUGGAGUUUUCCCAUUCGGAAAGUUUAAAAGUACAGCCGCUCCACCACCAGCUGUGAGCUCCACCUGAAACCCUAGCAGGGAGCGAUCCUGAUUGGUUACUAGGAAGCACGUGAGCGCCACUCUAUAUUAGGCAAUACGAUGUAACUAGUCCAUAGGAGAAGACCAGGUGAAAGAUUGAGGGAUCAGCAGGUUCCUCAGCUGUCCGGCCAGAGAAUCUCCCUAGAGAUGAAUUCCUACCUAGAAUACACUUCUUGCGGGGAUGUUUUAGCUUUUUCACCCAAGUUCUGCCGCAGCGACCAAAGAAACAUGACCUUGCAGCCAUACCCUGGCAGUGGAGCUGAUCAUCCCUUUAUGCCAGUUGGAGGUGUGCCCGGAUCCGUUGCCCACCAGGCUCCACACCAGUCCCCAGCACUUUAUGCUCCCUGUAGCCUGGAUGUCGCUUAUGAGCCUUCUGACUACAGUUUCUUGCAUAGCAGCACCGAUUACGAUUAUUAUGGAUCGAAUCACCUUGUGGAAGAGAGUGGGGGGCACACUCCCUAUGGUAGUUCAGUAUUUCCAGGGAAUGGAUCUUACAUCAUCAAUGGGCAGCUGAGCUACAGGACUCUUGGAGAAGAAACUCAAAUGGCCCAAUGUAAGGAACCACUAGAAGUUUAUCCUGGGGAAAACCUGCAGAGUAUCUCCCCCUCGCCUGGCACUUACCCAAAACCUGCCUCCCCGGCAUCUGACACUCAUGUCAGCACGUUUGAUUGGAUGAAAGUUAAAAGGAACCCUCCUAAGAAAAGCAUACCACCUGAAUAUGGGGUUGCAAGUCCUCCCUGCACCGUGAGGACAAAUUUCACCACCAAACAACUGACUGAACUCGAAAAAGAGUUUCACUUUAACAAGUAUCUCACCAGAGCAAGACGAAUCGAAAUCGCAAACUCUCUCCAGCUUAACGAUACUCAGGUUAAGAUCUGGUUCCAAAACAGAAGAAUGAAACAAAAGAAAAGGGAAAGGGAGGGGACUUUGUCCAAUUCUCCCCCGUCAGGACCCGCGUCCAGUUUCUGCGUAAAACCUCCAGUCCAAUCUGUAAAUGAGACUACGACACUGUCGCCAUCCAAGGACGCUUGACUACAGACUCUCAGCUAGAAACCAAAUAUAUGGGAUUGUCUCGUAACACAAUGCAUACUGCUGCACCCCAAGCAGCCAUAAACUAAGGGGACUUUGCACUAUAGUCCGUUACUUGCUAUGUUACCUAUUGAAUGUAAAGUAUGUAUGUAUGUAUAUACAGGCUUUAGCAGCUCAAUCUUUAUCUAUGCAUUGAAUACAAAUAUAAGGUCUGGAUUGUUUAAAUAGAGAACAGCAUGAAGGGUGGAGAUUUACAAGUACUCUCACACAUGUCUAUAUAUAUAUUUCUGGUGAAGUAUGUAGGAUUACACAUGCCACCAUGCAUGUGCAACAGAACAAAGCAGAUCCUGUAGCCAGAUACCCAUACACUGUACAUACUGUAUAAAUUCAAUCAGAACUGACAUUACCAAAGAUGAUAGGAGUUUGACAUCUUCUCAGCUUUUUUGACUGAAGUUGCACUACUGGAUUUUCUGUUGCUGUUGUUCCCUGUGCCUCAGGUCCAUGCAGUUUCUCCUUCUGCAAACCUGACUGAACUCAUUCUGGGAUGUACAUCAGGAAACUAUUGCCUUAAGGCGAAUUUUAUACGAUUUUACUGCUGUAUAUAUUUAUUUUUUAUAAACUAAUAAAAAUAAAAUUUACUAUGUAA